AAAUUGAGCCUGAGCUUAAGUCACAAUCCACCAUUUGUUUGUGGGACAGGCAGUCAGGGCAGAUAUUUUGGGUAAAAAAGAACCCUUCCUGUUUGCUGUGCAUUAUCUUCAUACCAGUUCCCAGAACUGACCUGACAAAUAUUGACCAGGUUGCUGCGAUCUUCAAACACCAUUUUCCUGUGGGUAGAGGUGAUGCACUGCUGAAGACCCGGGCCCCCACUCAGUGCCUUCGCUCUAGAAUGGGGCCAGCUUGGCUUUGGCUACUGGGAACAGGGAUCCUGGCCUCUGUCCACUGUCAAUCCCUUCUUGCCCAUGGAGAUAAAAGUCUGCAGGGGCCUCAACCCCCUGGGCAUCAGCUCUCAGAGCCAGCCCCCGCCUACCGCAGAAUCACACCCACCAUUACCAAGUUUGCUUUGCGUUUGUACAAAGAGCUGGCAGCAGACGACCCUGGAAACAUCUUCUUCUCGCCGGUGAGCAUCUCUACCACACUGGCCCUGCUCUCCCUUGGGGCCCAAGCUGACACCUCAGCUCUGAUCCUGGAGGGCCUAGGAUUCAACCUCACAGAAACCCCAGAAGCCAACAUCCACCAGGGCUUCCGGAGCCUCCUCCACACCCUUGCCCUGCCCAGCCCCAAACUCGAACUAAAAGUAGGAAACUCCCUGUUCCUAGACAAGCGACUAAAGCCUCGGCAGCACUAUUUGGACAGCAUCAAGGAGCUUUAUGGAGCUUUUGCCUUUUCUGCCAACUUCACAGAUUCUGUUACAACUAGGAGGCAGAUUAAUGACUAUGUGAGAAGGCAAACAUACGGGCAAGUCGUGGACUGCCUCCCAGAGUUCAGCCAGGACACGCUCAUGGUUCUUGCCAAUUACAUCUUCUUCAAAGCCAAGUGGAAGCACCCUUUCAGUCGCUACCAGACCCAGAAGCAGGAAAGUUUCUUUGUGGACGACAGGACCUCUCUCCAGGUCCCCAUGAUGCACCAAAAGGAAAUGCACAGAUUCCUCUAUGACCAGGAGUUGGCUUGCACCGUCCUCCAGAUAGAAUACAGAGGAAAUGCCCUGGCGCUUCUGGUCCUCCCUGACCCGGGAAAAAUGAAGCAGGUGGAGGCCGCUCUGCAGCCAGAGACCCUGAGAAAAUGGGGCCAAUUGCUCCUGCCCAGUCUGUUGGAUUUGCACUUGCCAAGGCUUUCAAUUUCUGGAACAUAUAACCUGGAAGACAUACUUCCCCAAAUUGGUCUCACCGACAUACUCAACUUAGAAGCUGACUUCUCAGGAGUCACUGGGCAGCUCAACAAAACCAUCUCCAGGGUGUCACACAAGGUGAUGGUGGACAUGAGUGAGAAGGGGACCGAGGCCGGGGCUGCUUCAGGCCUCCUCUCCCAGCCCCCAUCUCUGAACACCAUGUCAGACCCACAUGCCCACUUCAACAGGCCUUUCCUCUUGCUCCUUUGGGAGGUGACCACCCAGAGCUUACUCUUCCUGGGAAAAGUUGUCAACCCAGUUGCAGGGUAACCGUGGUGGGAGGCCAGGGGUUAUCUUAUCUCGCCCUAGACCAAACAGAUAGGGCAGCACCAGCCUGCAUCCUGGGGCUGCUAUGUGGACCAGUUAAUCAGUGUGCCGAGAUUCUAAUAAAGUUGACCUUGGGUUCUGUGAACACUAAAGAGCAAUGCUUACAAGGGAGGGCCAGCUUCUAGCCACUCACUCACAAUUGUCCCAAAUCUGGUGUUAACUGUGCUCAGAAAGUUGAAAAUGAGAACAACCCUCGUGUUAUGGCCUCCCAGGAGACGUCCACCGCUGCUGCCGCCAUUGUAGAUACUUGCUGCGUGUCCUUUGGGUAAGGGUCAUAGUGAAAAACACAGAGGGCAUCAGCAGGAGUAAGCAAGUUUCUCCCUUCAUAAUGGCCAAUAUGUGCUGUACAGACAAGAGAGGUUGUCCUAAAAUGUCAUUGCCCAGACAUCAGGGGCUAGAUCCCCUCAAGAGGAGGUUGGACCUGUGUCAGGGCUCCAAACUACACCCCAUGUAGAAAACCAGGUGUGUGGAUGGGCCAGCGUAAUCAUGGGUCAACCUGGAGGGAGGUCGAGUUCAAGCAGCAAGAAUAGAGCAUCAGAGCCCAGGGCAACACAAAGACCAAAGAAAGCAGGAAGGCAAACAUGGCCGGGAGGGAUGACGGACGUCGGGCAGGGUCAGCGGGGUGAAUUGGGGGCCAUAUUCAGUUGCGAUGGAGCCUCCAUUAGAGAUCGAAAGUCCUACUCCCCCAUGUGUGCCCCUCCAAGAGACAUUCAUUUGAAACUAGUUGGGAAGCAGAAAGAGAUGCCCAGCUGCCUGUGUGUACCACUUGGAUGAUAAUACCCAUCACUACAAUGAACUCCGUGCCCAGACACACUGGAGGGUAGGAUAUAGGUGGUUAGUAUCUAGGAAGGAGCCAUCCCAAAAAGUGCUACAGUGGUGGAAACUCCUGACCUACUCCAAGGAGGUGAGGCUCAGAUCCUGAAGACCAGGUAAGCUUUAAAUAAAGAGAAAAGGGUAGGACAGUCUGGGAGAGGCCAGAGGAGAGAUGUGAUCGGCAAAAGCAAUGGGUAAAGAGAGGAAAAGGUAUGUUCCAGUAAAAUGAGAGAAAACCAGCUUUGCAGCCAUGGAAAGUUCAGGUAGGGUCAUGGUGGAAGGCAGUGUUAGAGAGGUGUUCAGAGAUAAAAGGUUGGAGGUUUUAGGUCCCCGUGGAGUGGGUGUGAGUGUGGUCUUGUAGACAGUGGAGAGUAGCUGCAGGCCUGUGGGCAGAUGUGGAUAUGGACUAAGUAGUAAUGGGGGAGUCAUCUGUCAAUUGGGCGUAGAUAAGAAUGAGUAGGGUGAAGCCAGGGUAAGGGCCAGCCAGGAUGGCAACAUGCGGUCCACUCGACCACCGACCAUGCUGCAUGCAGGGCUAUCAGAACACAUGCAUCCACUGCUUCAAUGCAGAUUUAUUAAACACCUCCUAUGCCAGGCACUGGGAAUGCAGCAGUGAACAAAACAGAUGAUAGGUCCUGCCUACAUGGGGCUUACAUUCUAGCAGAGGAAACCCAGCAGUAAACAAAACAAGUAAGUGAAAUAUGUACUGUAUGACAACAGCAAGGACUGUUCAAGGACUGGUCAGCAAAGACUGGUCAAGAAUAUGCCCGGGAAAGUCUCUAUGGUGCACACGAAGGGGCAGCUGGCCCCUGAUGGUGACAAAGUGGACUACUCAGUGGCGAAGCUGGAUUUAAGCCCAAGGCUGCAAUGUCUCCACAAUCAUCCUUCUUGGUUAAAGAAAACUGCAACUGAAAGAUCCCUCCCUGUCAUCUCUUCUGAGAAAGUGGCAUUUGAUUGAAACCAAAGUAGUCAGUGGUCUAAAGAUAUUCAUUAACUGACAUGGAGGUAUGGACGAACCCUUCAAGGCUUCCGUCUCCUGCACCCAGUGCUGCCUAGGGAACACACUAUUGAGACAUAUCUUGUGUUCACUGAAUGUUAGACACCAAUAUAAGCAAUUGACAGAUGUCCAUAAACACUAUUUCCAACAGUCAUAGGAGGGAGGCACUGCUACAUCUUCAUCUUACGGGUGGGUAAACUGAAGCACAACAUGCUAGCAUAUCUGGAGCCUGGAUUUGAACCCAGGCUGUUCAUCUCCGUAGCCUGCUUGUUUCAUCUCUAUGCCACACUUCCUUUUGUGAGCACAACUUAAAAGCCCUUCAGCCAUGCCUCGUUGGCUGCCACACUGCAAGGAUCCAACUCCCAGGGUCAUCGGAAGUAGGAGAGGGAAGAAGUCACAAGAGCAGGAGCAUCUGGGGAAGACUUUCUAGGGAAAGACCCAGAAGCAUGGAUGGAAAGUUGGUGGUUUAAGAAGCACUGAUUGAGGACAGGGAUGUGCCCUUUGUUGUUUAUUUCUGUAUUCUGGUACAGACACUAGCAUAGGGUAAAUAGUAAAACCUUUUCUACCUUAAUGCUGUGAGGGGAAGUUGUACCACGUGGCAGAAUUCCAUGACAAAGACUCAGAGGCAGGAAAGAAAGCAGCCUGGUGAAGGACAUGGUAUAAAAGUACACUCAGUUUUGGGAGAGAACUUAGUGAGAGAGACCCCGCUUUACUCUAAGCUGUGUAGACAGCACUCUCUCUCUUUGGCCUCUUGCCUUCCCUUCUCUUUGGGAGGCCAGUUGAGGCAGGCUCCCUGGACUCUAGUGACAUCUUACACCCUUCAGCUGGCUGGACAACCUUGGACACAUUGCUCAACCCCUCUGUGCCUCAAGUUCUUUUGCAAAAUGGAAAGUGUAAACCUUGCUUUACAGAAUUGUAGAAAUCAAAUGAAGACAUAAAUAUGAAACAUUAAGCACUUGAUAUACACUAGGUGCUCAAUGAAGUUUCCUUCUGGCCCCAUCUUUUGGCUCUUCCAACUGUCAAGGGUGCUCUUUCCUCCCACAGAGCAGAGCUCAGUGCCAGGUAAUGUCAAAAUCCCCGCAGUGGUCACUGGCCACAUAACUACUUCCCAGCGAAACCGUGAAGGCAGCACAUCAAAACUCAAAAGUGUUGAUGGAGAGGCCUCAGGGGCUUUAUCUGGGCACUAAAGGUGACAUCUUGAAAAUAGAACCAUUCUUACUGCAGGAACAUUAGCUACGACACUAUGGCAUUAAGUGGGGGAAUGCUGGCCCAGGGAUCAGGGCUGAAAUUGCAGAGGCCCACAUGAAGGAGAGCCACAUGAUUUUCUCUAGAAAAGCAUCAUUGUUAGAGAUUGUUCACUGGGUUGUUUCUCCUUUUCCCCCCAAGAUGUCUCCUUCAGUCAUCUGUGAAUUAGGUAAGAGUCUCCGUAAGCACACAUUUCAGAUGUAUUUACACUCCAAACCAACCUUUUAACCACCUAGAAGAAUGGACCAUUUUCAAGAUAAGUCAACAGCCAUCUAAAAUUUAUAUUUUCAGAGAUCUUGCAAUGCUCUCUCUGGUGGAAUUGAACCAUCUUUGUAAGGCCAUAGAGUCCCCAGUAUACUUAUUUUGACCCUGGAAUGGAGGUAAGUGGCUUGGAAUGUGGGGACUAAUGCCCUGGCCAGUUCCAGCCUAUAUGAACACACAGGGCCAAGUAAUGAAAAUAUCACUGGGGACACUGGUGUCUGUCAUUCCACCUCAAGGUUCUAUGUGUUUCACAGAGACCAUGAAAAUAUUUGUAAAAUUUCUAUUCCCUUUAUUCUAGCCAUGAACAGAGCUGAGAUCUUUAAAGUUUUCUAUGUAUGGGUGGGUCUGUUUCUAGACUGUCUAUUUACAAUUCUAUUGAAUGAUUUGUCUUCCAUUGUGUAAUCUAGCUUUAUAAGUCUCGAUAUUAUGUCAAGUCCUCCAGCUUUGUUUUAUAGAAGUAUUUUAUUUGCUUAUGUUGUUUAGUUUUGCUUUCAAUGUUUGUUUGUUUUUCUGCCCACUCCACCAAUUCUGGCUACAGUGGCUGGUGACUCUGUUUCUCCAGCUGCCCCACCCCUUCUCUUCCCACACUUAUAUAAGCCUCAAGUCCUAUAUUAAAACUUUUUAUUUCA